AUGAGCCGAAAUUCUGUGAUUUGUCAUCUUCUGUUGUGCGUCUUUUUGGUUCCCGGGCUCUUGGCGGCUCCGACGGGCGUUACGGUCAAGGCGAGCGAUCAGCAAAUCAUCAAUUUGAUCGGUUAGUUUUCGUGAAUCAGUUGCAAAGUGUGCUCGCUCGUUUCCAGUGUGGAUCUGCCCGGAUCCGACGCUCUUCUCGAUGGUGCAAUCGGCGCUGCAGCAGUACCGGACGGUCGACGACAUCAACAAAUCGGUGCAGGACCAGGUGUCGGGCUACCGGAACGCCGUCUGGCUCGUCAACACCAUCAACUACAGCCGGACGACGGCGGACACGGAUCCCGGUCCCAACAAGUCCUCGCUCAAUUUGUGCUUUAUUCAGGUAACACCUUUUUGGAAAUUUUUGAGCUGAAAUGGGACAAAAAUAUAAUUGGUUUGCAGGCUCCCAACGAAAAAUUGGUCGUUUUCGUGGCUGCAGUGGUUUCAUAA